GCACAUCGCGACGCUGACAGUUGCCAGUCCAGAGCCCAGCAUAGGAUUAAAGCCCAGCUAAUGCAAUACAUUCUGCUGACUAUUGCAGCAGUGCUGCUGUGCAAGGUGCAUGCGCGACCCCAAGGACCUGCCACGGAGCCCAUCAAGAUCAUUCGGCAGGAGCAGGAGGUGAACUUCGACGGCUCCUACAAGUAUGGCUAUGAGACAGAGAACGGCAUCAAUGUGGAGGAGGAGGGCUACCUCAAGAAUGCGGGCACCGACAAUGCAGGACCGGUCGCACAGGGCUUCUUUUCGUACACUGCGCCCGACGGCACGCCCAUACGGAUCACCUAUGUGGCGGAUGAGAACGGCUUCCAGCCACAGGGCGAUCAUCUGCCCACCGCUCCGCCCAUACCACCGGCCAUUCAGAGGGCCCUGGAUUACAUAGCCACAGCACCACCGCCACCCGCUGAUCAGCAGAGCGCCUACACCGCACGCCGAGGCUAACCUAACAGCAAGUGAGACAGACAGACAGACAGAGAGACAGAGAGGUGGAGUGAGUGAGCGAGGGCACAGAGACAACGUGAAAAUGUUUGUUAACCAAAAUUGUUAAGCCAUUUAUAUAAAACAAAAAAUCCCUUUCCGCACAUGUAAAUAAAU